AUGCCGCUCGUCGUUCCAGGAAUCAACUCCUCAUUUGGUGACAAGUCUGAGUGGGUCAACAAGCUGAUGGGAAAGACCAUUGGCGAUACUAGUAAUGAGACAUCUUUUGCAAAGAAGGAUCUGCCUGAAUCUCACCGGGUAUUGAAGCCAGGUGACAUGAAGACCAUGGAUCAUAAUCCGAACAGACUCAAUAUCCAUGUUAAUGAGGAGGGAGCUGUUCAUGAUGUGAACUACGGUUAG